AUGAUCGGUCCCGAGGGUGGCCGGACCAGACCGCCACAGGCACCACGGUACAAGGACACGGCCGUAACGUACGUCAUGUGCGAGAAAACGAGGACGAUGACGAGGAGUACCAGUGGUAGGCUGGUGGUGGUGGUGGUGAGGUUCGCGGUACUCCUGGUGGUGGGGGGUUGGUGGUGCGCGGUGGUGCAGCUGCCGGGGGCGAGGGCGGCCGCGUUUCCCGACUGGACGGACUGUCCGGCUGUUUGCCGGUGCAAGUGGACCUCGGGGAAAAAGUCGGCCCUGUGCCCGGACGCGGGCCUCACCUCGCUCCCGGCGAGCCUCGACCCGGACAUGCAGGUCCUAGAUCUCUCGGGCAACCAGAUACCCGCCCUCCAGGCCGAGAUAUUCAAGCACGCGGCCCUGCUGAAUCUCCAGCGCGUCUACAUGCGCAACGCGGGCAUCCACGAGAUAGACGGCGACGCCUUCAAGGACAUGCGCAUCCUCGUCGAGGUCGAUCUGUCGGACAAUCAUCUGGGGAGCCUCGAGGCCCACACAUUCGCGGGAAACGAGAGGCUCAGGUGGCUCGUACUGUCGGGCAAUCCCCUCAAAAUACUCAAGCCCAGUCAAUUCCCGGUGCUCCAGCACCUCAGGAAUCUCGAGUUGCAGAGGUGCUCGCUCACCGUGGUACACGCGCAGGCUUUCCAGAGACUCGCUGCGCUCGAGACGCUCAGGUUGGACAACAACGAGCUCGAGUACCUCGAGUCGGAGUCGAUAGUGGGACUGAAGCGGCUCAAGACCCUGGGGCUGGACAACAAUCCCUGGAGCUGCGACUGCAAGCUGCGGGACUUUUGGCGUUUGCUGACAACGGGCUCGGCGAGCCACCUGUACUCGGUGCCGCAGACCUGCAUCGGCCCGGCUCGGGUGCAGGGCAAAAAGUGGGAGGAGGUCAGGCCGUCCGAGUUCGCCUGCGAGCCGACCGUGUACCUGCCGGUCACGAGUAUACAGGAGGAGAUGAACGGCAACGUUAGUUUGGCUUGCCUGGCCAGUGGGGAUCCCGAGCCCGAGGUCUGGUGGCAGCUCAACGGUGGACCGGUCAACGGUACCAGGCGCACGCCCGACGAGCUCGGCCCUCCCGGUGGCCUGGUGACCUACUCGACCUCCCUGGCAACGAAAAAGUGGGUGAUCGAGCGGUGGAGCAACCUGACGAUCUACAACGCGAGCGACAUUGACGCGGGCGAGUACACGUGCCACGCGCGCAACUUGGCCGGGACGGCGCGCAACACCGUGGCCGUCCUCAUCCCCCGGGUGUUUAGCGCCCCAACCCUCUCGCAAACGGACAACUGGCUGCUCUGGAUCAGCUUGGCGGGGGGCGGUGUGGCGGCUCUCUGCAUAUCCGGGACCACGGUCCUCCUAGCUGUGUGCGUCUGCGGUGGCGCCAGAAAACGCAGCCGCAGGGCCAAGGUCAAGCUACAGGGUAGCGCGAGCUUCGGCGACCAGGAGAAGAAACUCCUCGACCUGUCGGUCACCACGACCGCCACCACCACCAGCCAACAACAGCCCCACCCGCAACAGCAGCACAACCACAAUCACCACCAUCGUCAGAGCCCGAUGCAGCAGCAGGCUGACCUGAACGACCUCCACCACCACCAUUAUCACCACCACCAGUGCCUCCAGGUGCCAGAUUACGAGCUCGAGCUCGAGCCGUGCUCGGUGGUGCAGGAGCACAUGUGCGGCGGUGCCCAGCAGGCCUCGGCGAGCGUCACCGUCGAACGGCUGAGGUUGCACCCCGAGCCCCACCAGUCGCCCCAGCAGCAACAGCCGGUCCUCUGUCCCGUGGCCGUAACCACGGCCUGCCCCACCCGGAGCUUCUCGCCCGCCCUCCCGCCCAACAUCUUCAUCUCCGUGUCGCUGGCCGGCUCGCAACAACCGGAACACCCGUCGCCCUCCCAGUCCACGACCACGGCAGCGGUGGCGGCGUCCCCGGCCACAGUAGCAACAGCUGCGGCAGUCAUACAGAGACAAGAGCUACCGGCAUGCCCCAGGCCCAUACGCGAACAGUACAACAACAACAACAACAACAACAACAACAACACCACCACCACCAAUAGCAACAGCAACAGCAACAGCAGCGGCAGCGAGGGGCACGAGCGGUGCUACCCGGACCUCCUGGACAUUGGGUUGUCGAGCUUCGCGACUCUGCCGAGGCGCAACCUAAGGAGGGAGCUCGGCUCGCCGUACGACAACAUGGGGCCACGGGUGACGGCCACCGGGAGCUCCACGUUCUCGCUGGUCGAGCAGCCGGACCAGUUGACCGGCAGCACCGGCCGGCUCUCGAGCGAGCCCUCGCAGCCCUCGAGCAUCGGCAACUUGGCCGCGACGGCCCCGCUGAUACAGCCGCCCCCCGAGUUCGUAUCCCUAUGAGACGAGGGCUCGCCCCGAGCUGCGGACCGGGACGAGGGCGCCUUUGUCGUGUGGAAGUCCCGGCUCUAAUGAACAUUAGCCGAUGAUAACACGGACACUCGGCUAUUGCUGCCGCUGAUGUUCUCGCUGUUGUUGUUCAUGUUGUUCUUGUUGUUGUUAAUGUUGUUGUUGUUGUUGUUGUUGUUGUCGUCGUACCGUGGAGCGAGGGGCGACGUGAGCGUCCUGGGGCACUACGGUACACACACGCAGACGCAUCGUCGGUCUUGGAUGGAUUCAAGUGUUGACUAUGUAAUAUGUACACUAUGUGCGAUUCGCGAGUAAAACAACCGAGAGACGGACGCACGCGUGCAUGGGUGUGCGCGUCACCUCAAAAAUUUUACCCCCAACCCCCUUCAACCAACCUAUACCUUCCUUACGAACGAUUUUUGCUACCAAAUCUCCUUUCUCCAUUCGUUUUUUAAUGGACCAAUUUUCAAACAAUCUAUACUACCUUUACCUUAGAACUACAAUACAAUUAAUCGCUAUAUCCACUGCGAUCCUAAUGCAUGCGCUUUGUACUUAAAAAACGACACUACCACCCCCCUCCCCCUCCCAAACCAUCACUUAUGUCUAGUUGGAGCGAUUUACUUGUAUACUGUCGUUUGUCAUUGGUGAUGUGUGUGUCAUUUUAAUACGGAAAACCUAGUGAAUUUCAUUUUGUCAAGACUCAUCGGUGUUCACUAUCUAUAGAUAAUGGAUUUUGUUGUAACGAGAGAAUCGAUUUAUUGGCCAAAUUAUUGCGUGUGGGUUGUGUCGAUAUACGCAUUGGAAAGAAGAUUGUACAGAAAUCGACCAACCGUAUUUGACUGAGUUUCGUUGUGAAUACCAAUCGUCGGGUAUGCUCGGGUAUAGUCAUUCAUGAAAGUAAGAUAUACAUUUUUGAGGGUGCGUGCAUCGCACGGUACGAAACGUAAAAACUUGAAUAUUUUCAACUCGUUAUUUAUCAGAAAAAAAUUCUGUGGAGGAUCUAACUCGAUCAUGGGGGAAAAAUAUACCUGCAACAGUGUGUUUGUUACCUCUAGGGAAAAAGUAGAAUUUUUUUUUUUUAAUGGCCAAAAGUGCAGUUUAGAGGCGGAUACUUCUUUACUCGUACAUUCAGAAGGAUAUAGAGUAUGAUAAAAUAAACAGCACCCGCUCACUCGAUCCAGUCCAUUGCCCGUAAAACGAGUCUCCUACGUCCGAUAGACACUUAUGGUAUAUUAUUUUACAAGACAUCGGUGAUGAGAAUAUAGAGAAACGAAAGCAUUUUUUUUAAUAAAGAGAGCGUGGUUUGAAAAAAAAUUAAAUAAAAAACGCCCAUCUGUACAUACUUCAUUAAACUUCUUUAUCCGAAUCUCUAUUUCCAGCGGUAAAUCUACUCUUAAGGAUAAUUUUAGCCUACAUGAAAAGAUAACUAAGAUAAAAAGAAUAAAAAAAAAAAGAAAAAGAAAAGAAAAUAAAAAUAAUUAUAAUAAAA